GGAACCAACGCGUAUAAAUACGGCUCGAGAGCAACUUUUGUCAUUCUGCUGAAAUCAAGCUUAUUGAAAAGAUCUGACAAUUUGUAAAGAUUUCCUAACAAGUUAAUUUAAAAUGUCUUUUACAUCACCAAUGAAUGUACCGCUGUCGCCACUGGUACCUCCAGUCUUGCUGAAUAAGAUGCACGAAAUCCAGGUUGGUUUUGUUCAUCCAAACGCCAUGGGAGAGCAAGCAGUCCAUUUUACCAUGAGUCAGCCGUUCGUAGGCUUGCACGAAGUGAAGGUAGCCAAACCUUUGAACAUGCGGUCCAAGGAUACUUUCAAUGCUAGUAUCGAUGUCCUGCAAUUCAGUCCCGAAGAGAUCAUGGUAAAAGUCACCGUGGACAAGAUGAUUAUAGUCGAAGGGAAACAAGAAGACAAACAGGAUGAAAAUGGCCUCAUAUCCAGACAUUUCGUCAGGAAAUAUUUCCUGCCGGAACAGUUUGAUGCCGAACAAAUCCAAUCUACGCUGUCUGAUGAUGGGAUUCUGAACAUCACUGCCCCCAAGAGGCUGGACAUAAAGGAAGGAGAGUAUAAAGAGAUUCCGAUAACUCUAGUAGGGGCAGUGAAGCACGUGAAAGGAUGUGGACAUUACCAAGCCCAGCCCCAAGAAUGUAACCAUGAGAAGUUACUAACCCAAACCAACCCAAACUAAGUAAGCUUUUUGUCGUGUGCUACAUUCCAACUUUUUGAUCUCUACUUGCCAUAUUCUGAAGUAUUCGUUGUUAGUUUUGACUUAGUUACUUUACAUUUGCCGUUGUAUUUUAUAUUACACUGUUAAGUAAUUUUCGGUUAACUUUUCUGUGUAAUAGUUAUGUACUAGUAUUUUUAAGUGGUUUGUAUGCCUGAUUUAAAUUCAAAUAAACAUCAAAAACGUA